AUGACUGAAUUUCGAAUGCCCCUCCACCAGGGCCCUCCAGCCCGGAAGCCUCUCGCCGGUCCCCAGCCUGGCUAUGGCUACCAGCCGUACGAUGCUCCUCGAGGCCAGCUUGCUCCCCAUCUCGCUGGACCCCAGACUACCCAUAGUCGGACUCGCACAACCUCCUCUACCGUUCUGCCAUACCACCAAGGUUCUCACCACUACCACGGCGCUCCUCCUCCUCCUCCUCCUGUUCCCCAAACCAUGACUCUCCCACACCAUCCUCCUUCUCGUCGCAUGUCCAGCACCACCACUUCCACCUCGUCUACUGGCAACCACCCCAUGGCGCAUGGCGCGCCAAGUGUUUCAGAUAUUCGGCGCACGGCCUCUUCGCGCUCCGCCAAUUCCCAGCUUGGAUAUGUGGCCCUGAUGCGGCGGCAAAAGGCGACUGUCUGGUGCGAUCGCGCACAGCCAGAAGACGCUAGGUUGCGCGAGCAAGCGAUGCGUGACAAGAAGCGAGCGUACCUCGAAGUCCACGGAUCAGGCGCUGGCCGGGCAGGAACCCUGGCUAGUGGAAAGAUCCGCCAUGGACCCAAGGGUGCAGCAGACUUCUCGCCUUCCAACCUUGUGGGCGCCAAGGUCCCUGUGCGAUUAAGUGCGAAUGAGAUCGGUGACGGGGAAGAUGACGCCCUCAGCAGCGAUGGUGGCGCAAUUCACCGACGCACUGGUAGCGGGCGGAGCUCGCUUGGAAGCCAAACUCGUUAUCCCAGCGGAUACUCGCGGCAGCAAGGCACAAUGGGCAGUAACAGCACACCUCCAAACGAAAAGACCGAUCUUCCCGAGGUGUCAGAAAAUCGACCUGCUGAGAUCCAAGCGGAGGAGAAGAGCAGACUGUCUUCUUUGGUCAAGGAUGAUGCUGCAACAACACACAGCAGCGAGCAAGAGCAAGACGAUUUUGUUGGCGACAUGGAAGCUCCAAAUGCAGCCAACACAGCAGCCCAGAAGGCCAAGAAGGCAGAUGAGUUGCGACGACGAGGCAGUGUGGACGAACGGACUACUUCCAUGACAAAUGUGCGGCUGUUCGUUGCAAAUCCAGAUGCCGACAGCGACUGA